UAAAAAUAUUUCAUAAAAUUGUACUGGUUAUUUCAAUAUUUUUAAUUGUAAUAUUUAUCAAUGUCUGGAUGAUUUUACCAGUUGUAAUUGUAAGCUUGAGUUUUAUUGUAGCUUUUUAUUUUUAUUUAAAAACAUCAAGGAGUGUCAAGGCUGUAACAUCUCACGAAAAAGCUGAACUAGUUCAACGAGUUGAAGAUGAUCUUGAUGGUGUAUUGACAAUAAGAAGUGGAGGUGAAUUAAUUAUUGAAAAAUAUUUGAGUCAACUUGAUGAUUAUCAAACAAAUUAUGAUGAUGCUAAAAAAUUCGAAGCUCUUGCCACAACAACUUUUGAUGUCUGUAUUGAUUUUAUAACUGGAUCAUUCAUUUUGCUGUCAUAUUUCAUUAUACUUUUUGGUGAUGAUGGAAGUCUUCUGGCUGGAACAGUUGGUUUGGUUUUUAUGCAAACAAAUCUUCUCAUUGGAUUAACACGUACACUUGUCAUUGAUAUUAUUGACUUGAUAAAUUGUUUAAUUAUUUUUAAAAAAUCACUUUUUUUUGAUGAUUUACCUCAAGAAAAUAGUGAUGGUCAAAGACCACCACCAUUUUGGCCAUCACGAGGAAAAAUUUCAAUUAAAAAUUCAAAUAAAUAUAACAAUCAAGAAAAUAAUAUUCAAAAGAAUUUAAUUAACGUGGUUAUUGAGCACGGUUGGAAAGUUGGUGUCUGGGAUGAUUCUAAAAUUGGAAAAAAUUAUUUAAUUGAAUUAUUUUAUCGUCUUGAUAACAAUGAUAAAGAAGAGAUAAAAAUUGAUGGAAAAAAUAUUAAAUCAAUUGAUUUAUUUGAUCUACGAUCAAGAAUAUCAAUAAUUCCAAGAAAUCCAUUAUUUAUAAAAGGCACAGUUCGUUAUAAUAUGGAUCCAUUUGAAAUUUACACAAAUCAAAUGCUUUAUGAUGCACUAAAAGAAGUUGGCUUUCGUGAAAUAUCACUGGAUUUAUUGUUGGUAGAAGGAGGACAAAAUUUAACAUUGGGACAACGUCAACUGGUUUGUUUAGCAAUUGCAAUUAUAAAAAAUAAUCGAAUAAUAUUUAUGGAAGAAGCUUCAACAGAUAUUGAUCACAUAACUGAUUCUCUUAUCAAUAAAGUAUUGAAGAAAAAAUUUAAGAAUCACACUGUAAUUAUUUUGGCUGAUCGUCUGACGACAAUCAUUGAUAACGAUCGCAUUUUAAUGAUGGAUAAAAAAAAUUUUGUGGAAUUUGGUUGUCCACAUGAGCUUCUUUCUGAUAAUCCAUCUGGUAAAUUUGCUGCUCUCGUUAAAAAAAGUGGUAAAAAAAAUUCAGAAAAACUUUUUCAACAAGCUAAAAUUGCAUGUCGUGAAAAUACAAAACAAUACAGUCUUGAAUUAGCAUCUAGUUCUUCAUCAAGUACUACACAAUGUUCAUUUGAAAUAAUUUAAAAAUAUAAUAAAUAUAUAAUUUUUUUAAAAAAAACGUGACUUGUAGUUUUAU